AGCUGUCAAACAUAAAAUUAUUACAAAAUUUGCUUAAAAAAAGUGCGGUCAUACAAAUUUUCUAUCAUUAAAAACAAAAUAAAUUUAACAAUAAUAAUUAAAAAGUAUUAAAAAUAAUAAAAUUGCAAUUAAUUUCCCUUCGAUAAUCAUCGUCGGCUUUAAUUUUUUUUCUUUCUUUUUUUGUUUCUUUUGUUGCUGACAAAUUUGUGAAAUCAUAUAUCUACAACAAUGGCGAAAGUUCACAUUACCAACGUGGUAGUCCUCGAUAAUCCCAGCAGCUUCUUCAAUCCUUUCCAAUUUGAACUCACCUUCGAGUGCAUCGAAGAACUCAAAGAAGAUCUCGAAUGGAAAAUGAUUUACGUCGGCUCUGCCGAAUCCGAAGAACACGAUCAAGUUCUUGACACCAUCUACGUUGGCCCCGUCCCCGAAGGACGUCACAUUUUCGUAUUCCAAGCCGAUCCCCCAGAUGUAACCAAAAUCCCCGAACAAGAUGCUGUCGGCGUCACAAUUGUCCUCCUCACAUGUUCGUAUCGCGGCCAAGAAUUCGUUCGUGUUGGCUAUUUUGUGAACAACGAUUAUGCCGAUCCAGAAAUGCGAGAGAAUCCACCACCGAAACCUCUGUUCGAUCAAUUGACGAGAAACAUUCUGGCGUCGAAGCCGAGAGUGACUCGAUUCAAGAUAAACUGGGACGACACUCCACAGAAUGGGGUCACAAAUGGGACCAACGGGAUGGAUGGGGAAGAUGUUCAGUUCUUCCAGAAUGCCAAUGGGGCGGGGUGUUCGUCGGGUGUGGGAAUAAUGGAGAAUGGGUGCAUCUCAACGACUGACGAAAAUAGUAUGGCAAUGCCAAUGGACAAUGGCAGUGGAGUGGGUUUGAAUGAGAAUUCAAACUCACUGGCGAUGGAAUGCUAGUACAGAUUUUGAGACUCACUUUUUUGUACCUACAGCUAAAUUAUUUCAUAGAAUUUUGUGGUCCAUCACAUGUUUUUGUUUUGGAAAGAUGUAUUUUUUCCAACCCAAGUCCAAGGGGAAGUCCCACUCGUGUCUCUCAAAGGUUCUUUCUCUUUUCUUUUUAUCUUUUUUUGUUCUAAUAUUCGCGGCUGUAGUUCGGUUUUCUUUUUUUCUUUUAAUAGAAUCGAUAUUGAAUUAAGCUCUCCCUGAAUUGUGUCUGCAGAGACAAUUCAUUAAUUGUAUUUUUUUGUUUUCUGUAUUCAAACGAAACAUUUAGUUGUAUAAUUCUCCUUUAGUUUGUAAUAAAAUUCUAAGUUAAUAAACUACAAUUGUUUUGUUAAAA